AUGGCUUUCUUUUUCGUAGUUCUGCUGCUGGCAGCCUGCUCCAACAUCACAACGGCUGGCCCGGUCCCAAAACUUCAUCAAAGACAGCUCUUUGCGAGCUUUUCAAACACUUCUUCGACAGUUGCUCCCGCAACUGAUGUGCAAGCGGAUACUGCAAUCGUGAUAGAGCCGAUUAAGCCAACAGUUUUCACAUCGAUAGCACCAGCCGUCACAUUUGUCAAUCCUGGUGGAAAGCCACUUGCUACUCUAGACCCACGGACUUUCUUAUCCACUUCCUUUAUUACGCCGUCACCUGCACCAACAACGCAGAAGAGCACAAGCGCACUUCUUACAUCAACCCCUGAACCGAAACCUGUGGAGAGCUAUGUGACACCUUCUUCCUCGGCCGUAGUAUCUGCAGCCCCCUCGAGCACGGUAGCAGUAGCAGACAAUAGCACAACAAACCAGUCGAGUAAAAAGGUGCCCGUGUUCACCUACUCGCCCGCAGAAGAUGAGACCUCCAAGGCCCCUGCUUCUCCCACGGUGUCUCUAACCAGUGCAACCCCAGCACCCACAUCUGGCGGACUAUCUGGCUUCCAACAUCCUGGCUCAGCAUCUAGGAGCCCACAAGCAGCUAAUACUACUACCAGCGUAAUCACUGCGAGUACCCCAUCUCCUGUCAUACAGGCUCCAUCAUCUGCAAGCUUUGACAGCUCCCCUAUAAUAAUUUCUACCUCGAGUACGUCGCCUGUAGUGGCCCUCCCUUCAGCUUCACAGACUGUGGACAUAGCAUCGCGUGUUGUUGUGACACAGUAUACAACCGUCUACGCAACACCCUCAGCAUCCGAGGCUCAGGAGUCUCCUUCUCUGGCUUCGUCGACUUUGGACAUGGCUAGUGUGUCUGCUUCAUCUAGCUCAUCUGAGAUGUCGCCAUCGGCAUCACUACAAAUUCCUCCCGUGAUAAUCGUCACAUCGUUCACUACAGUUAUGCCAUCGCCAACACCAGAAGUGCCCGCUGCAUCUGCAGCUCCCGCACCAGUUUGCUUCAGAGCCAACGCCACCUGCAGCCCCAUCUUCGGCGUCCGCAACCCUCGAACCCACAUCAACACCUCCCGUGGCACCCUCGUCUACUGCACUAGCCACGACAACACCGACACCCGAGAGUUCCAUGCAAGUCGCCCCAUCUUCACCGAUGCCACCCCCACCAACCGUCUCCGCACAACCUUCCUCUUCCAUAUCGUCACCACCUCCUGCACCGGGUUAUUCCGCCCAGCCCUCAGCAUCCAUGGCACCACCCCCAGCCCCCUCAUCUUCGGCGUUGGCGUCGGCAUCGACAACACCCCAACCUCCCCAAUCACCAGCCCCCUCAUCUUCAGCAUCAGCGUCAACAACACCCCAACCACCCCCAUCACCAGCCUCUACGAGUAUCUCUUCAACCCCAACCCCAUCGCCAACCCCUUCUUCAUCAUCGAUGACAUCGGAAGGCCCGCUGAUUAUUACGCCGAUACCGCCUAG